UGAAUGCAAGCGAGGCUGGACCUAGAUUCGCGUAUGUAAGUGAAAACGAAAAGAAAGGGGAAGAGGAGCUCAAACAAGGUUCAAAGAUCCCCUCCCCAAAGUAUGGUUUAAAGAAAGCCUUUCGGGUUAGUGAGGAACAUGAUAGUGAAAGAGAGAAGAAAGGAAAUCCGUUUAUGGCGGCUUACCUUCGUACAUUCAAGAACAGUUGUGACUCCUUGGCAUCAAUCAAUGCACCGGUGUCCCAAUCUGAUAUGUUUACAUUCCUUCUUGCUGGCCUGCCUUCGGACUAUGAAAGCUUUGUCACUACGGCGAAGCUUCAACGACCAAAACCAACUAUGGCUGAGCUUCGGUCCAGCUUGUUGUUACAUGAGUCUUGCCUUCAGCAGAUGCAUCCUAUUACUAUAUUGAUGAUCUUGUAUACUAACCGAGUCCGCACUCGCCCGAGAACACGUACGUCCUCCCUGUAAUUGUCUUGUCUUUGUUAUGGUUUCAGGGCCUACGUCUACCCGUAUGGAGCCACCAUCAUUCGCAAGGCUUGCUUUACAUUGGACCCGAUGUUGAGCCUCUCAUAGCCUAGUACCGGUGAACUAGGCAAGCGACCCUGCAAGGCAGCCAGCCUUUCUGCAAAAUCAAUGUCCGCCUCGCCGCUGCUUUCGGGUGAUUGGAGAAUAGCUGUAAGGAAUACUAAACGAAAGUAUGCAGCGAGGCAAAGCCGAUUGAGAAUAUGACGGUUAGCCCCUCGGCGCUUGGGAGGCAUCCUAUUUAAUAAAGAUUCUUCCUCUAGUCGAAUAGAGUAUUAGUCCGCUCCAUUCUAUUCCCCAUUAUUUCACUUUCUCGCUAUUCGAAAUAUCAUAAGAGAAGAAAGCUGGCAGGUUGGAUCCUAGGGUAGAUUCCUGCUGUUGAAUGAUCGACUAGCUUCCUCUUUAGUUGUUUGAUAUUGGGUUCGUGUUCAGUGUACCGCUCUUUUUAUAUAUGAAAUUCCAACUUUUUUUUUGAGCCCUUUUUCGUUUGUGCAUCUUUCUCCCAUGCUUUCCGUUGGUCAACAACCAACCAAAGUGCUCUAUACUUCUUCACUACUCGUACAGGCUUGACGGAGUUAAGCUGUAUUGAGGGAAUCGCUUUGUCGCAAUCAAUCAAGAAUGCCUCAACUGGAUAAAUUCACUUAUUUCACACAAUUCUUCUGGUCAUGCCUUUUCCUCUUUACUUUCUAUAUUCCUAUAUGCAAUGAUGGAGAUGGAGUACUUGGGAUCAGCAGAAUUCUAAAACUACGGAACCAACUGGUUUCACACCGGGAGAACAAGAUCCGGAGCAACGACCCCAACAGUUUGGAAGAUAUCUUGAGAAAAGGUUUUAGCACCGGUGUAUCCUAUAUGUACUCAAGUUUAUUCGAAGUAUCCCAAUGGUGUAACGCCGUCGACUUCUUGGGAAAAAGGAGGAAGAUGACUUUAAUCUCUUGUUUCGGAGAAAUAAGUGGCUCACGAGGAAUGGAAAGAAACAUAUUAUAUUUGAUCUCUAAGUCCGUACAUAGCAAUCCUGGGUGGGUCAUCACUUGUAGGAAUGACAUAAUGCUAAUCCAUGUUCCACACGGCCAAGGAAGCAUCGGUUUUUAA